CUCAGUUUAACGGCUGCUGGAGAUUAGACUCAGCAGAACACGUGACGUCAGUCAGAAUGGCUCCUCCUCUUCCUCUGCUGAUUCUGCUCGUGAUUCACAGUGUUUAUGGCCAGUAUGGUUGGGAUGUGAGUUACAGACAUUCACACAUCUGUGCACUGAAGGGGUCAACAGUGACAAUGAGCUGCACUUUUAGAUACCCUACUGGAAAUCAGAUCAUAACAGCAUUUUGGACCAAAACACAAGUUAAAGAGAAACAUGAAGAGUUUCCAGAUCUGUCUGAGGAUUCUGAAUACAGUCAGAGGCUUCAGUAUCUGGGAGACAAACAGCAGAACUGCACCAUCAGACUGAGUCAUGUGACACAGAAGGAUGAACGCAUGUACUAUUGCAGAUUCACUACUAAUGUACCUGAUGAGAAAUGGAUUGGCACUCCAGGAGUGACUCUUACUGUCACAGAUCUUCAGGUGGAGGCUCCUGAGAGAGUGACAGAGGGUCAAAAUGUCCGUCUGAUAUGUAAAAGCAGCUGCACUCUGACUGAAAGAGCAACAUUCAUCUGGUACAGAAACUCACAGCCAUUAACUGAGAGAAGAGACGGAAACAAUCAACUCCUGCUGCAGUCAGUCAGAAGAGAGGAUGCAGGCAGAUACAGCUGUGCUCUACAUGGACACAUUUACACAUCACCUGAUGUGCAGCUGAAUGUCAGAUAUCCUCCAGUGAAUCCUGUGAUCUUCAUCAGUCCAUCUGGUGAAAUAGUGGAGGGGGAUUCAGUGACUCUGAGCUGCAGCAGUAAUUCGUACCCUCCUGCAGAAAUCAGCUGGUUUAAAGGAGGAACCUAUCUGAAUUAUGGACAGACAUACAGCAUCUCAAAGAUCAGCUCUGAUUACAGUGGAGAAUACAAGUGCAGAUCCAGAAAUGAACAUGGAGAGAAAUACUCUGCUGCUGUGACUUUAAACGUCAUGUAUCCUCCCAGGAACGUCUCAGUGUCAAUAAAUGGAUCUGGUGAAGUAGAAGAAGAUUCAGGGGAUUCAGUGACUCUGAGCUGCAGCAGUAAUUCGUACCCUCCUGCAGAAAUCAGCUGGUUUAAAGGAGGAACCUAUCUGAAUUAUGGACAGACAUACAGCAUCUCAAAGAUCAGCUCUGAUUACAGUGGAGAAUACAAGUGCAGAUCCAGAAAUGAACAUGGAGAGAAAUACUCUGCUGCUGUGACUUUAAACGUCAUGUAUCCUCCAAAGAGCAUCUCAGUGUCCAUCAGUCCAUCUGGCUCACUUUAG